AGCUGCAUUGACAAAAGAUACGCUUCCUGGAGCUCUGCUUGGUCGACUGAAACUAAAAACAAGUGAAUUCAAUCUUAUAACAGCACCAAUUUGGUGGUAAUUCACCAUUUACUAAAAACGAUCCUUUAGGCUCCUUCUUGUAUAGUCCGCACCCUGACGGUUGUCACAAUAAAAGAAUCGGUUUUGACCCUCAACUUGACUUGCUCGACAAAAGAUUUACCAUACGACGAACAAAAACAUGGCAUCAGGAACGACGGAACCCACCUUCUAUCCCUUCCCAAGACUUCCGCUCGAGGUUCGUCGCAAAAUAUGGAGAUCAUCGCUUCCCGGACCUCGAUUAAUCGACAUCUCCCUUAGAGGAGAAAUUUUCAUGAGCAAUGCCACCAUUCCUAUCGGCCUGCAAAUCUGCAAAGAAUCCCGAGAUGAGACUCUGAGAUUUUAUAAGCUUUGCUUCGCCGCACAGCCGUCACAAGCUCGCAUAUACUUCAACGCUGAUCACGAUGCGAUAUACCUCCUUACUCCGCAUUCCAUGAGGUUGUCUACCUACUUCAGCCUUUUUUCCUUGGCCACUGCCACCAUCAAAGAUGAUAUCAAGGUUGUUUUUGUGGGAAAUGGAUGGCAUUGGGAGCAUACAGACAAAGCUUCUCUUAUGCCUUGGCCUGGACCAAAUUGCCGGGUAGUUUUAUUCCGGAAGCGUUGUCAAGCACUGAGUUUCUCAACAUUUCGCCAGGUAGUAGACUUCGUGGCAGGCUGGUACGCGCAAGACACCCCGUCCUUUCAAGUGAUAUUUGGCACUUCCAAAGUCACAGCCGGUUUUUGCUACGACAAGUCGGAGGGUGUAGAAAAUCCCGAUCCUCAUGUCAUUGAGACUAUGGGUCAUGGGUUUGAUGGUGUUGUCAGGCAGUGUAUUGAACAUCUAUUGCUUGAGAAGUGGAAUAUCAAUCCCAUACACACGAGAGUCCGAGGUCAGCCAUUGGAUAGCAAUCCAUUAGCUAGAUGGAUGGCUAUGCAUUGUGUUGAAGGGGAAUCCGCAAGAUAGCUGAGAAAUCAAAUCAAGAUCAACGUCUUGACCUCCUUAGAACGAAUCUAUAUUAAAAAUGGUAGAUAUACCAGUGAGGAAGAAAA